CGCCAUUGUUAACUUUUUCUCCUUCCUUUCCAUCUUCCUAAUUUUUUUCAUUUUUUACUGCCAAAAUAAAAGUUUAAAGAAACAGAAUAUAGGAGAAAUCUCUCUCCGUGUGUGUAUUAUAGGAAAACAUAUAUACAUAUGCGUGGGUAUGCUUCUUGGGAUGAUCGACAUGCAACGAUGAAAUCAUCAUCGAUUUUCCGGGAAAAUCCAGAGAAAACAGAGAGAUGGAUGGUUACGAACAUGUGGAGAUUAACGCCAUUACUCGUGUCUUCUCUCUGUAUAACUAUCUUCUUCACCGUCGUCUACCAUCAGAAUCCUUUUAAAUCCAUUUCCGAUCGAAAUUUUCUUUCCCUCCAACCUCAAAUCGAUCCUGAAUGUGAUUUGUUCAAGGGACAUUGGGUUCGAGACAAAAGAGGAUCUUUGUACACGAACUCAAGCUGUUCUACGAUUCCUGACUCGAAGAACUGCUUUAAACAUGGGAGACAAGACAGAGAUUUCUUGUUCUGGAGAUGGAAACCCGACGGCUGCGAUCUUCCGAGGUUUAACCCGAAGGCAUUUCUCGGUCUGGUUCGAGGCAAGAAGAUGAAUUUUAUUGGUGAUUCUGUAGCAAGGAACCACAUGGAAUCUCUUCUUUGCUUGUUGUCAACGGAAGAAACUCCUAAGGAUAUCUACACAGACGGAGAAGACAGAAACAGGAUUUGGUACUUUCCAAACCACGACUUCACUCUAUCGACCUCUUGGACUAAGUUUCUUGUAUCGGAACAAGAGAGGGUUGACGGUAACAAGAAGGGAACCGGAGUGUUUGAUUUAGAUAUUGGCAAGAUCGAUGAGAAGUGGUUUAAGGAUCUGCCAAAUACAGACAUUGCUAUUGUCUCGGCUGCUCAUUGGUUCUUCAGACCAAUAUUCAUACACAGAGGAGACGAGACAGUUGGUUGCAUCUACUGUAACUCACCGAACAUGACGCAAAUCACCCCAGAAGAAGGGUUUAAGCUUGUUUACUCUGCGCUCUUUAAGCACAUCUUGGAGUGUGAGAAGUGCAAAGAAGAUCUAGUGACGGUCCUGAGGACUAUUUCGCCUGCCCAUUUCGAGAACGGGACUUGGGAUACGGGAGGAGCGUGCAGCAGGACGAACCCAUUCGGAGAAAGCCAGAUCGACCUGCAGAGCAACGAGAUGAAGAUCAGGACAGCUCAGAUAAAACAGCUUGAAGGUGUAACAAAAAGACACAAAAAGGCAAAGCAGUUUGCGGUUUUGGAUGUGACUAAGGUUAUGCUGAUGAGACCAGAUGGGCAUCCGAAUGGGAACUGGGGAAAUAAAUGGAUGAAAGGUUACAAUGAUUGCGUCCACUGGUGCUUGCCCGGUCCUGUUGAUGCGUGGAGCGAGUUCCUAAUGGCGAUUAUUAGACGAUUCAGUUGAGAUUAAUUUUUUGUGGAUAAACAAACACACACAAAUUCAAAACAUUCUUUUUUAUAAUCAUUCCUUAUGAAUAAGUAUCACACAGAUGUGGCUUUUUACUGCGGCUUGCAAAGAGAUUAUACAAUACUCAUAAGACUUUUGCUUACCUCAUAGACUUGGCCCUAGAUUUUCUGCAGAGAGUACUGAUUCAUGUAUUCACCCGAGUUCUUCGCCUUUAAAAUCUGCAAGAUAUUAAUAGAGAAAUGGCUUCGAGCGAUGUGUAUUCAUGCAAAGACAUGAAACACAAAUGAAGAAUCUCAAAAUCAAUGAUAUAACAUUGGUUUAGCUAAAACCCUCAUAAAGUAGAUGUAACAGAAACACCUAUAACAUAUGGAGAAGUUCUGCAGAACAAAAUAGAAUCAAUCUUCUACAGGAGACUUGAUCCGGCACAAUUCGAAUCAGAAACAUAUAAAUAAGUACAUUGCUUCUGUGUACUGUUACAUCAAGAGUAACUUUACACUCCAGCAACUACAAGAUCGAUCUGAGAUAGAAAACUUUCUCAUCCAAGAAAACAAGCUUUAUAAAUAGCAAUUCUCCAAACUCUUCCUCAGGAAUCCAUUGUUUCAACAGUUUUAACAUUCAUACUCUUCUACUAUGGGAAUUACAUAAACCCAAUAAGCUAAAAUCAUCAAACCAAAAACAUUUAGAAACAAAAUGAUAUCAAGAUUCCAAAUUGUUACCAAGAGCAAAAGAGAAGACUUCACGAACCGGAGAAAACUCAACGAGACCAACAUCCAUGGCGUAACCAUUCACCGGAAACUUCAAAUCCCUCAAAACCGAGAAAGCCUCAGCCAUGCGAGACCUUGGCACCUCAAGAGCCACGGGACAGAACGGGACCCACGAAUCGGGACGAUAUUCCUCGCCGAUCUCAACACCUUCUUUCUUCAACGCGUCGCAUAGCUGAACCUGAAGCUGGAGAAGCGAGAGCGACGGUGUCGGCGAAAAGAACAGUACGUUGUUGUCGCUGCAGAAGCUCCCGAUUGAAGAGAAAGAGAUCGAGAGAGGCUCCUGCCUCGACGCGAAGGUUUUGAUGAUGGGUUCGAGCUUCGUGGAGUCGACGAAGGCGGUGGAGAAUAGGGUUAUGUGUGGGCGAGACUCGGUGUUGAUCAGUUUCGUGCUGAUUUGACGGCGAGCGAAGACGUUCCACGCUUUCAAGACUUGGUUCUCGAGCGCUGGGUCGAAGUAGAGCUCGAUCGCGUAGCCUUUCGACAUUUGAUUUCGUGGAAAAAAUCGAAGAUUCGAGGGAAAAUUUGAGAAAGGGGAACACAGAGAAUCUGAGACGGAGAUUUGGUCAGAGAGAAACCUUGGAGAGAUUGAGAAGAAAGAAGAGAGAUCGGGAGUGAUAGUGAUGCUUUGAUUGACAGCGAGAAAACGAAGAAAAGGGGAAACUUUUUUGCGGGCUGGAUCGAAAGGGGAAGAUGAUGAGAUUGAGUAAUUGAAU